AGGGCGCGGGCGGUGAGGGGGCGCUGCCGUGUGCAGCAGGCGGCCCUGCGCGGAGAAAGUCGGCCGCGGGGACGUGCUCCGGCCGCCAGUCUCAACAAUGAACGACCGGGACACGGAGGUGCUGCCCUUGCCGCCGCGGUACCGAUUCCGUGACCUGCUUCUGGGCGACCAGCCUUUCCCGAACGAUGAUAGGCUUCAUGUGGAAGAUUUCAGCCUGGACUCUUCCCUGUCUCAGGUCCAGGUGGAAUUCUAUGUCAACGAGAACACCUGCAAAGAGCGACUCAAGCUGUUCUUCAUCAAAAACCAAAGAUCCAGCCUGAGGAUCCGGCUGUUCAACUUCUCCCUCAAGCUCCUCACCUGCCUGCUGUAUAUCGUCCGUGUCCUGCUCGACAACCCAGACCAGGGCAUCGGAUGCUGGGGCUGCCCGAAGUAUAACUACACUUUCAAUGGCUCAUCCUCUGAGUUCCACUGGGCACCCAUCCUGUGGGUGGAGAGGAAGAUGGCUCUGUGGGUGAUCCAGGUCAUUGUGGCCACAAUAAGCUUCUUAGAGACAUGGCUCCUCAUUUACCUCAGCUACAAAGGCAACAUCUGGGAGCAGAUCUUCCACGUUUCUUUCGUCCUGGAGAUGAUCAACACGCUGCCCUUCAUCAUCACGGUCUUCUGGCCGCCCCUUCGGAACCUGUUCAUCCCCGUGUUCCUCAACUGCUGGCUGGCCAAGCACGCGCUGGAGAACAUGAUCAAUGACUUCCACCGGGCCAUCCUGCGCACACAGUCCGCCAUGUUCAACCAGGUGCUCAUCCUCUUCUGUACCCUGCUAUGCCUCGUCUUCACGGGGACCUGCGGGAUCCAGCACCUGGAGCGGGCAGGUGGGAACUUGAACCUGCGGACCUCCUUCUACUUCUGCAUCGUCACUUUCUCAACUGUGGGCUUUGGUGAUGUGACCCCCAAGAUCUGGCCCUCCCAGCUCCUGGUGGUCAUCCUGAUCUGCGUGACCCUUGUGGUGCUCCCACUGCAGUUUGAAGAGCUUGUCUACCUCUGGAUGGAGAGACAGAAGUCAGGGGGUAACUACAGCCGCCACCGAGCACAGACAGAAAAGCACGUGGUCCUGUGUGUGAGCUCCCUCAAGAUUGACCUCCUCAUGGAUUUCCUCAAUGAGUUCUAUGCCCACCCCCGGCUCCAGGACUACUACGUGGUCAUCCUGUGUCCCUCCGAAAUGGAUGUCCAGGUGCGCAGGGUACUGCAGAUUCCCCUGUGGUCCCAGCGAGUCAUCUACCUCCAGGGCUCUGCCCUCAAGGACCAGGACCUCAUGCGAGCCAAGAUGGACAACGGCGAGGCCUGUUUUAUCCUCAGCAGCAGGAAUGAGGUGGACCGUACUGCUGCGGACCACCAGACCAUCCUUCGAGCCUGGGCUGUGAAGGACUUUGCCCCCAACUGUCCCCUCUACGUCCAGAUUCUCAAGCCCGAAAACAAGUUUCACGUCAAAUUUGCUGACCACGUGGUAUGCGAGGAGGAGUGCAAGUACGCCAUGCUGGCCCUGAACUGCAUCUGCCCGGCCACCUCCACCCUCAUCACCCUGCUGGUGCACACAUCCCGUGGCCAGGAAGGACAGGAGUCUCCGGAACAGUGGCAGCGUAUGUACGGGCGCUGCUCGGGCAACGAAGUGUACCACAUCCGCAUGGGUGACAGCAAAUUCUUCCGGGAGUAUGAGGGCAAGAGCUUCACCUACGCGGCCUUCCACGCACACAAGAAGUAUGGUGUGUGCCUCAUUGGGCUGAAGCGUGAGGAGAACAAGAGCAUCCUGCUGAACCCGGGGCCACGGCACAUCCUGGGCGCCUCCGACACCUGCUUCUACAUCAACAUCACCAAGGAGGAGAACUCAGCCUUCAUCUUCAAGCAGGAGGAGAAGCAGAAGAGGCGAGGCCUUGCAGGGCAGGCGCUGUACGAGGGACCAUCCCGGCUGCCAGUGCACAGCAUCAUCGCCUCUAUGGGGACAGUGGCCAUGGACCUGCAGAACACGGAUUGCCGGCCCUCCCAGGGUGGGAGUGGUGGGGGCGGCGGCGGCGGCGGCGGCAAGCUGGCUCUGCCCACGGAGAACGGCUCUGGCAGUCGGCGCCCCAGCAUCGCCCCCGUCCUGGAGGUGGCAGACGGCUCAGCCCUGUUGCCCUGCGACCUGCUGAGUGACCAGUCAGAGGAUGAGGUGACGCCCUCGGACGACGAGGGCCUCUCUGUGGUUGAGUACGUGAAGGGCUACCCCCCCAACUCGCCCUACAUUGGCAGCUCCCCGACCUUAUGCCACCUCCUGCCUGUGAAAGCUCCCUUCUGCUGCCUGAGGCUGGACAAGGGCUGCAAACACAACAGCUACGAAGACGCCAAGGCCUACGGGUUCAAGAACAAGCUGAUCAUCGUCUCCGCCGAGACGGCAGGCAACGGGCUCUACAACUUCAUCGUGCCUCUGCGCGCCUACUACCGGUCCCGCCGGGAGCUCAACCCCAUAGUGCUGCUGCUUGACAACAAGCCCGACCACCACUUCCUGGAGGCCAUCUGCUGCUUCCCCAUGGUCUACUACAUGGAGGGCUCUGUGGACAACCUGGACAGCCUGUUGCAGUGCGGCAUCAUCUAUGCUGACAACCUGGUGGUGGUGGACAAGGAGAGCACCAUGAGUGCUGAGGAGGACUACAUGGCAGACGCCAAGACCAUUGUCAACGUGCAGACCAUGUUUCGGCUCUUCCCCAGCCUCAGCAUCACCACAGAGCUCACCCACCCUUCCAACAUGCGGUUCAUGCAGUUCCGUGCCAAGGACAGCUACUCGCUGGCUCUUUCCAAACUGGAAAAGCGAGAACGAGAGAAUGGCUCCAACCUGGCCUUCAUGUUCCGCCUCCCAUUUGCUGCUGGCCGAGUGUUUAGUAUCAGCAUGUUGGAUACACUUCUCUACCAGUCCUUCGUGAAGGACUACAUGAUCACCAUCACCAGGCUGCUGUUGGGCCUUGACACUACACCAGGCUCCGGCUACCUCUGUGCCAUGAAGGUAACUGAGGAUGACCUGUGGAUCCGUACUUAUGGCCGCCUCUUCCAGAAACUCUGCUCCUCCAGUGCUGAGAUCCCCAUCGGCAUCUACAGGACCGAGUGCCACGUCUUCUCCUCUGAGCCCCAUGACCUCAGAGCCCAGUCCCAGAUCUCGGUGAACAUGGAGGACUGCGACGACACUCGGGAGGCCAAGGGGUCCUGGGGCACACGGGCUGCCUCUGGCAGUGGCAGCACCCAUGGCCGCCACGGGGGCAGUGCUGACCCAGCAGAGCACCCACUACUGCGCCGUAAGAGCCUGCAGUGGGCCCGCAAGCUGAGUCGCAAGAGCAGCAAGCAGGCGGGCAAGGCGCCUGCGGCCACAGAGUGGAUCACCCAGCAGCGGCUCAGCCUCUACCGACGCUCGGAGCGCCAGGAGCUCUCGGAGCUGGUCAAGAACCGGAUGAAACACCUGGGGCUGCCCACCACUGGCUAUGAGGACGUAGCAAAUUUAACAGCCAGUGAUGUGAUGAAUCGGGUAAACCUGGGAUAUUUGCAAGACGAGAUGAACGACCAUCACCAGAACACUCUUUCCUACGUACUCAUCAAUCCCCCACCAGACACGAGGCUGGAGCCCAAUGACAUUGUGUACCUCAUCCGCUCCGAUCCCCUGGCCCACGUGGGCAGCAGCUCCCAGAGUCGGAAGAGCAGCUGUAGCAACAAGUUGUCAUCCUGUAACCCUGCGACCCGGGACGAGACACAGCUCUGAGCAGCCAAGAAGCCCACGCUGGGACCCAUAGGCAGACACAGAAGAACACAGGGGAAAUCGUCACGCGCUGGCGUGGCCCAAGCAGGCUGCACUAUGACGACUAUACGGUGGCUCUAAGACUUGCCCCCAGAAAGGAAAUCCUCUCAGUGUGGCCAGUCAUGAGACCACUGGGCCCCCUGGAAGCUGGCAGGAGGCACUUUUUAACCUAUUUUUUACAAAUAUGUAUGAUUUGCAUCUCUUUA